AUGGAUAAUGAUGAUGAGAAAGAUAUGAAUUUUGAAUUGAAUUUAACUAAUGAUUUUUCCUCACUAUGUGAUAUAAUUAAUGAUGUAAUAAGAGAUGAUUUGAUAACAACACAUCCAAAGGUAAAAAGCUUAGUUAAGAAUAUUAGAAAGAUAAGUAAUCUUAAUGAACAAUUUCCUAAAUGGAUUGAAAUAUGUUAUGAAUUAAUUAAAACAGAUUUAUUCUAUAGUAGUAGAAUUAUGGGGGAAAGAUGUUACAGGAAAAUAUAUAAUCAAUUCUUUAAGAUAGCUUCUAAUGAUGAUAUUAAAGAGUGGUGUUCUUUUAUCUCUAAUAAUAUAGAUAAUUUGCAAAAAGAUGAGGAAAUGCUUAAUACCUGUAUUAAAGUUUUAAACGAGCAAAAGAUUGAUGGAAAUAAUUUAGAUGAUGUAAAUAGUAGAUUUGAAAGCGUACUUCAAAUAUUUCAAAGUGAUGAUUAUGCUUUAGGAAGAAAUACUUUUUUGAAAUAUCUUAGACUUUUAAAUCAUUUAACUAUAAUUUUUCAAAAAAAAACUGGAUCUAUUAGAGGAUUAAAUUUAUGGGAAGCUUCUGAUACUUUUAAUUUUCUUAUUAGUUACGCUAUGGAUUAUACAGAAGAUAUUGAAAUUCAAGAAACAUUUGAUACUUCAUUACAAUUUUUUAAAAGUUAUUGGAUAUCUGAUCAAGAAUCAAUAACACAUCUUGGUAUAACAAUAUAUAAUGAUAUGAUAGCAUAUAUGAAUUCUUUAGUUGAAGGGCAAUCUCUUGGUCCAGUAAAUUGUUUAUUCAAAGUAAUUUGUAGAAUUGUAGAAACAUACAAUGAAAAAAGUUUAAAAAUAUUUUUUGACAAUGUCAUUAAUUCAAAAAAAAUUAUAAAAGAAAUGGAUGUAUUGAGAAGUAACGAAAGUUUAUUAAAAAUAUUUUUACUUCUUGAUUUUACAAAAGAAGUUUUGGAUGAAGAAAGAAGAUUUAAUAUAAUGUCAUCUUUUUUUGAUUGUAUUUCUGAACCAACUGGUGAAGUAUUAAUAUGUAUUUUAGCGUUACGAAAAUAUUUACCAGAAACAAAAAUAACUGAAUAUCUUUUAAAACUUACUGAAGAUUAUAUUCUCUUUCAAAUUUGGAACAGUGAUAAAUUAAUAUAUAAAAAAUCUAUAGAAACAAUGUCUGAUAUAAUUAACAAUGUAGAAAAACCUGGUAGUAUGUUGUUGUACAAAGAGAUAACAAAGAAAAUAUCUAGUCUUUUAUUUAUCCUUCAAAAAAAUGACAUUGAAAAGUCUGUUUGUGAAGAGACAGAAAGAAAUAUUGUUUGUUUUUUAAGAAUUUUGGAAAAAUUAUUUACCAAAAAACAUAAUAUUAUGGUAUUUAUGUCAUAUCAACCAUCAUUUUUUAAUUUUCUCUUUAAAAAUCUUACCAUUCCAUGGAGAAAUAUUAAAAAAUUAUCCAAAGAAUUUGUUUUUUAUAUUGUUACACUACAAAGAGAUUUUUCAUAUUUGUAUGAUCAUUAUAUAUCAAAUUAUGUUUGGGAAGAGGAAGGUGGGAAUUCAUCAAUUCUUCAAUUGUCUCCAUCAUCGAAUUACUUUUAUACUGUCUUAUCCACUCUUACUGAUUAUUGCAAUAACUUUCAUAAUAUGGGAUAUGAUUCUGUUUUUAGUAUAGUUAAAUGGAUAAUGAAAAUAUUUUAUGAUCAUGAAAUGAUUGUUAAGAAAAAUUUUAAUCAAUUAAUUUUUAAAAAAUUUCGUUUUUAUUUAUCUUCAAAUUUAUUAAUUCUUGUAUCAUCUUUUGAUUUUGAUAGAUAUUUUGGUGACAAAGCUUAUUUUUACAAAUAUGGGCCAUAUACUCAGGAAGAGGAAAGUUUAGCAGUUAAUUUAAUUAAUGGUGCACAAUUAUUAUUAGAAAGAUGCCAAUGGCAUUUAAAUAAUUAUGGUAUGACACGUCUUCAAAAACUUUUUCUUCAAAUAGUUAGAAAAUGUGAUCAUACACAAUUUAUUUAUUUAAUGAAAAUUGUUCCAUCAACUUUUAUAUUAUCUUACUCCUUAAGUAGGGGAUAUCUACCUCCUGAACAAAAAUUUACCAAUUCAACAUGUUUUAUAACAACUAGAGAAGAUUUUAUUAGAAUUAUGGAUUUUAUAUACAAAAAAAUUGAUAUGGGUAUAAAUUUUCAAAGAGAUAUUUUUUUAAAAUGGGUUGAAAGACCAAUGGAUCUUUUUAAUGCUGAUUGUCUUGGAAUAAAAUAUUCUAUGGAAUAUUGGAAUCUUAUUUGUGUUGGAAUAGCUAUGUAUUUGUAUAAUGAACAAUUUAUCACACCUGUUGGUUGUAUGUGGAAAACUUUAUUAUUUAUGGAAGAAACUUCAACUGUUUUGUUAACAGAAAUUAAUGAAAGUCUUGGUAUUGAAUCAAGUGAUGGAGAUGAUUUUAUUAAUUAUAAAUUAGAAUUACAAGAUGAAAUGAUUGAAAAAACAAAAAAUAUUGAUGUAAAUGGAGAAGGUAAUGGAAAUAAUUUCAAUGUAGAUUAUGAAUAUUCAUUUGAAUAUGAAGGUAUGGAUCAUAUUUAUAAUGAUAGAAAACCAUUAUAUGAAGAAGCUAUAUUAAGAUUUUCAUUAUGGAUUAAAAUUAUAUUUAAUGUUUUGACAUGUUUUGAAGUUUCUCCAAAGGAUGUAACAGAACCUAAAGAUGAUGAUAAAGUUGUUAAAAGAAAUAUAUUUAUUAGAGAAAAUGAAUAUGAAUUAAGAAAAGCUUUUCAAAGAAUAAUAAUUCCAAUAAUAAAAAUAUCUUACAGAAUUGGUCAUUAUGGUACAUGUUUAAAAUUAUCUGAAUCUAUUAUUCGCUUAGCUGAUCCAAGAGAUUUUUAUGAUUCGAAAAAAAUAGAAGUUUCUGAAGAUAUAAGAAAAAAAAUUGAUGAAGUUCUUCCAAUAAUGGUAAUGAGUUAUCUUAAAACUUCAUCAUCUCAAUCUUUAAAAGGUAUAAAAAAAUAUUUUGAAACUACAUUUGGUUCUUCUAACCUCUAUUGGAUUGAUGAUAUUGAUAAUAUAGUUCAAGGAAAACUUGAGAAAGGGCUUGCUAACCUUGAGAUAAGAAAAAAUGUUUUCUAUCAAAAUUAUAUUGAUGAAAUGAUCAAUGAAUUUACAGGUGUUUUAAAUUACUAUAAAGAUGAAAAGAAAAUGAAAAAAGAACAUUAUUUUGAUAUGGAAGAUGACAAAAAAAAUGAUAUUAAUUAUAGGAAACGUAAAGAAAAACUUCGGAAAAAAAAGAAAAAUGAUAAGUUAGUUAAUUUUUUAAAUAAUUGGGAUUCUUUACCUAAAGAGCCUGUUGAUGAUAGAAAUAUCGUAUAUGAUAUUAAGAAAUUUACCAAUGUCAUUGAAGGAAAUGUUCUAGCAACAUAUGAAUGUUUUAUUGAUCUUAGGAAUGUUGCUUUGAAAAAAUAUAACAAAAUUUUAUGGAAAAGUUCUGAACUUUUUCAAACUAUUGGUCAUUAUGCUUUAACUUUACAAUCUAACAGUAGAUUAUUUUCUUCAGCAUACUGUUCACAUCUAAUUACUGAGGAUGUCAAGAAAAGGUUAACAUUAAGACUUAAUAAAGUUCCAUUUUCUGAGGAUAUAGAACUUCCACUUAAAUUGGUUAAUUCAAAAGUUUUAGAAGAAAAUCUUAUGUCAAGUCCUAUAGAAUGUCUGGAGAUAGGUAAAAAAUUAUCAUGGUGGUUUAAUCACUGUGGACAUUAUGUACAUGCCAGUAUUUCAUCAUCUUUUUAUAUUGAUAUUGCCAAAAUGGCAAUUAAAACAGACAAUGAAUAUCUUGCUAGAGAGCAAUUAAAUUUGUUCAAGAAAACUUUUUCAAAAAUUAAUAAAUAUGAAUAUCCAUUGGAAAGUUUUAAUGGUUCAUUAACAUCAAUUGACUAUGACAUUAAAUUUAAAGAUAAAGAAAUAAAUUUCAAACAUCUUAAUCAAAUUACAAAAACUAUUUCAUUAUUUAUGGAUCAUAUUUUUGAAAAAAGUCUUCUCCAAAGAAUAGGAAUGACAAAUACUGAUUUUAUUGAAGGAGAAAUAAAUCAACUAAGUAUUAUUCCAGAGUGUAAUAACAAAAGUACUUUUUGUAAGAAACAAUUAGAUCAUCAAAUGAAGAUGCAUAGUUUAUCAAAAGGAAUAAUAAAAAUGGGAAAUAUUGUUAUAAAUUCAAAUGAAAAUAUUCAGAAAUUUACUGAAGCUUUAGCUGAUUCAACAUCAAUACCAAUGAUACAUAAAUUGAUUAAACCAUAUAUUAAAAAUUAUCAUUCUAUGAUUGAAUAUACCGAUAUGGCUACAAAUGUUUUUUAUCCAGCAUUUUUAACAUUAUCAACAAGGUUUUCUCCAACAUAUGCUAAACCAUAUUUAAUGCUAGCUGAAUAUGUUUUUGAUAAAGGAACAAAAGGAUUGUCUGAUCAGAUUCCGGUAACAGUUAAUGAAGAAAAUCAAUUAAAACAACAUUUAAAAUUUAUGCUUGAAUAUUUUAAUGAAGAAGAUUUUAACAAACUUUUUAAUGUUGUCUUAUCAACAAAUACAACAAUUUCUCUUCGAAUUAAUAUAAUUAGUUUUAUUAAACAAUUCCCUCUUUAUAGAAGUGAAGCAGAAAUUUUUGCUGAUAACAUAAUGAAUGAUGUUUCAUUUAUAACACUAUUUACUAAAAUAUGUACAAGACAAGUUAAAUAUUUUUCAAUAUCAACAAAAGCCUAUGAACAGUAUUUAUCUUUAUGUAAUACAUCUUAUAUCUCUUCAGAUAUAAUAAGAUCAGUUCUUAACAUUCAUAAAAUGAUAAUCCUUUGUCCACCUGUAAUAUCAAGAUUAGUAACAUCAAUGUUAAAAAAAGUAAAUGAAGAUAUAUGGAAAAAUAUUUUACCACAACUAUUUCCAAGAUUAAGUCAUCCAAAUAGAUUUGUUCGAGAAUGUAUUUAUAAUAUUCUUGAAUCUGUAGCUAAAACAUCUCCUCAUGUUUUAGUUUUUCCAAUAGUAGUGGCAAAAAAUAAUGUUAAGGAUGAGGAUAUGUAUUUUAAUACUUUAAAUAAAGCUAAAUUUAAUUCUAUUAAUAGUGUAUCAAAAGAAAAAGAAAAACUUUUUAUAGCUGAAUAUUGUACAAGAUUAAGUAAUUUUAUUGAAGAAAAAUAUCCAGGUUUAAUUGGUAGUGUAACAAAAUUUGUUGAUGAAACAAAAAAAAUUAAUAUGUUAAUAGAUGAUAAAUGGGUACAUGUUUUAUCAAAAUGUGAAAGUGAGAUAAAGAAAAAACUUUCUGCUUAUUGUAAUUAUCUUAAAAAAGGUUCUGAUAAUCGUAUACCACCAAAUGAAAGGAUGGCAAUAGGAAAAGAAAAAUAUAAAAUUCUUACAAAUAUAAUAUAUCAAGCUUUAAAUGAUUUAUAUGAUUUUACUUUUAAUAAGAAAUUUGAAAGUGAAUAUGAGGAAAAUUUUGUAACUAAUUAUGGUAAAAUUAUUAAAGAAGCUUUUGAACAAUAUAAAAUAUUAAAAAAUGAAUCUGAUCCAUUUAGAGCAUUUAUACCAUUCCAAGAUUUAUUAAAAUAUCUUUGUCACUUAAAAAAUGUUAAACAACAAAAAUUAAAUUUAAAAGAUUUAAAUGAAUCAUUAUAUAAUAUGGAAAGUGGAAUUGUUCCAUUACCAGGACAAGAUAUGAAAAGAUAUUCUGAUCCAAGUUUUGUAUCAAUUGAAAAAAUAUCUAGUGUUUUUACUGUUAUACAAUCUUUAACUAGACCCAAAAAAGUUGAAUUUCAUGGUAAUGAUGGUUCUUCACACUUUUAUUUAGUUAAAGGUUAUGAAGAUAUGCAUCUUGAUGAGAGACUUCAACAAAUCUUAAGAAUAUAUUAUCCAUACAGAGCAAAAAAUUACUCUGUUACUCCUAUUGGAGCUAGAAGUGGUUUAAUAAAAUAUGUUGGUGAGGCAGAUCAAAUGUUUACUCCUUAUUAUAAUUGGCUACAAAAAAAUAAAGAUAAGUUUGAUGGUGAUGUUCCGGAUGACGUCAAUGCCUCUAAAAGAGCUCGCCAAUUUUUUAUAGGAAGAGUUAAAAAAUACUUAAAUUGUAACAAUGAUAAAAUUACAGAUAUCAAUGAAUUUAGAUUAAAAGAAAACACUGAAGCUUUUGUUAAAGCUUUCAAUGAUGUUUCAGAUAUAGUUCCAAAGAAUACUUUAACUAAUAAAAUUCAAAAAGUUGUUGUUGAUGGUGAUCAUUGGUAUCAUGUAACAAAAACUUAUUCUAGAAGUGUAGCUGUUAUGAGUAUGAUAGGAUGGCUAUUUGGAGUUGGUGAUAGACAUUUAUCAAAUAUUAUGAUUAUUUAUUUGACUGGAGAAAUUUUACACAUAGAUUUUAAUGUUUGUUUUGGAAAAUUAAAGAACCUCAAAUGUCCUGAAAAAGUUCCUUUUAGAAUGACAAGAUCUAUGGUUGAUGUUAUGGGACCAAUGAAAACUGAGGGUAUUUUUAAAGAAUCGUGUAAAUUUGUUUUAAAAUGUCUAAGAGAAAAUUAUGAUAUAUUGUAUAAUAUUCUUGAGACAUAUGCUUAUGAUCCAUUAGCGGAUUGGAGCUCAGUAAGUGAAGUAAAGAAUCAAGGUGAAUCAUUACCAUUAGAUAUUAUGUUUGCUAUUUAUGGAAGAAGUGUUUUUGAACCCAAAGAACUUGUUGAAAGAAGUUUUGGAUUAUUUAAGAUUAAGGUUAUGGAGAUUUCAUUAAUAAUGAGUGACUAUGAAAAAAUGGUACAUGAUGUUGUUGGUGAACUAGUAGAUAUUUAUAAGAAAGAAAAUCAAUUAAAAAAUUCAUGGAAUAAUGAUAAUUUUACAAACCAAGUCAAUUCAUAUAAACUUCAUAAUAUUCAAAAAUUAUUAGAAUCUUUUUCUUCUAAUAUUCAAGGACCUUUGACAGCUUUGAGUGUUUAUAAUAAUCAGUUUAACGAAUUAGAAAAACUUUUGUACCAUGAAUUGAUACCUAAGGUAAAGAAAACUUGUAUGCUUAUUAUUCCUCAAGAAUAUAAUUAUGAAUUGAAUAUUGAAAGAAUGAAAAUGUUAAAUGAGAUAAUGGAAUUAUCAGAAAAUUCUAUUAAGAAGAUAAAAGAAUUAUCUACAAUAAAAGUUGUUUUUAAUGAAGAAAAUAUGUACUCAUUGAAAAGAGAUUCAAGACAUUGUGAUGUUUCUUCUCAAAUGAAAAAUGAAUGUGCUGUUAGUAUUAUUAAUGAUGUUAAAAGUCGAUUUAAUAGACUUUUUUAUGACAAUAUUAAAGAUAAUGAAACUCCAAUUGAUGAUAGUAAUAUUAUGAAAUCAGAAAAUAAAGAGAUUGUAGAGAAUAGAUUAGAAAAUUUAGUUACUGACUUAAUCGAUGAAGCUACUGAUAUUAAUAAUUUAGCCGUCAUGUUUGAAGGAUGGGCAGCCUGGGUGUAA